CACUCCAUUCUGGCUUUCACGAAUACAAUUCUGCACCACGCUCGCCCUGAAACCAUGUCUCUUCGACUUUCCAGUGGAUCCAGGAGGUCCUGUCCCCGUCCCACCACAGGAUCACUCAGGCUGUCUAGCGGGGGAGCUAGCUUUGGGGCUGGAAAUGUCUGCGGCCUAUCUGGAAUUGGAAGUGGCUUCUCUUGUGCCUUCGGUGGCAGCUCAUCUGGAGGAAAUGCAGGGGGAGGCAACCCCUGUGCUGGCUUUACUGUGAAUGAGGGGGGCCUCCUUUCCGGCAGUGAGAAGGUGACCAUGCAGAACCUCAACGACCGCCUGGCGUCCUACCUGGAGAAUGUGCGAGCUCUGGAGGAGGCAAAUGCAGACCUUGAGCAGAAGAUCAAGGGCUGGUAUGAGAAAUUUGGGCCCGGCUCUUGCCGUGGUCUUGAUCACGACUAUAGUAGAUAUUUCCCAAUAAUCGAUGAUCUUAAAAAUAAGAUCGUUGUUUCCACUACCAGCAAUGCUAAUGCUGUUCUACAGAUCGAUAAUGCCAGGCUGACAGCUGAUGACUUCAGACUAAAGUACGAAAACGAGUUGGCUCUUCAUCAAAGUGUGGAGGCUGAUGUCAAUGGGCUACGCAGAGUUUUGGAUGAGAUAACUUUGUGCAGAACGGACCUAGAGAUUCAGUACGAAACCCUGAGUGAAGAGAUGACUUACCUUAAAAAGAACCAUAAGGAGGAGAUGCAGGUUCUGCAGUGCGCGGCUGGAGGUAACGUGAACGUGGAGAUGAACGCGGCCCCCGGCGUGGACCUCACGGUUCUGCUCAACAACAUGCGAGCCGAGUACGAGGCCCUGGCCGAGCAGAACCGCAGGGACGCGGAGACCUGGUUCAACGAAAAGAGCGCUUCGCUGCAGCAGCAGAUCUCCGAGGACGUGGGAGCCACAACCUCAGCCCGAAACGAGCUGACCGAGAUGAAGCGCACUCUCCAAACCCUGGAAAUUGAACUCCAGUCCCUCUUAGCCACGAAACACUCCCUGGAGUGCUCGUUGACAGAGACCGAGGGCAACUACUGCACGCAGCUGGCGCAGAUCCAGGCUCAGAUCGGGGCCCUGGAGGAGCAGCUGCACCAGGUCAGAACCGAGACCGAGGGCCAGAAACUCGAGUACGAGCAGCUCCUCGACAUCAAGGUCCACCUGGAGAAAGAAAUUGAGACCUACUGCCUCCUCAUAGGAGGGGAUGAUGGGGCUUGUAAGUCUGGAGGUUACAAGUCUAAGGAAUAUGGAUCUGGAAACGUGGGAAAUCAAGUCAAAGAUUCAGCCAAACCCAUAGUGGUUAAGAAAGUUCUUGAGGAGGUAGACCAACGCAGCAAAAUACUUACCACCAGGCUCCACUCCCUGGAAGAGAAAUCUCAAAGCAAUUAAAUUGAGACACAACAGAGAACAUAUGCCAAAUUCCCUCCGAGAAGAAAAGGCGUUAUAUAUCGGUCCUGAAAAAAUUAGCAAGUCUAGGAAAAAUGUCUGUCCUGUUGUCUUUCUGUUACUUUCUCUUUCUCAGCAAUCAAUAGCAGUAUCUCCCCAUUCAUCGGGAAGAAUGUCACAUGCAAAUAUGAUGACUCAUUUGAUUACCCUAUAGAAAACUGUUGUCAAUUCUUUGUAGUCAAUAAACCUUAUUCUUUAGCAAGUUA